AUGGCCGCCAAUGCUCUCGUCGAAUCGCUGAAAAGCGCCAACCUACUCCCUUCCGCCAUCAUCCCAGAGUCUUUCACACCAGCCCUAGACCUCAGCGUCAAGUUCUCCUCCGGACUUACUCCAGAACAUGGAAGCCUCGCUCGUGUGAGCCAGGUCAAGGAGCAACCUAUCAUUUGCAUCUCGUCUCCACCGACAUCUUCCGCCGCGAGUUUCACAUUCAUGAUGAUCGACCCCGACGCGCCUACACCAGACGACCCAAAGUUUGGCUACUGGCGCCACUGGGUUGUUACUUCCAUUCCAUCUCCAUCAGCGACCACCUCUCCAGAAGACAUCACCGCGAGAGGAAAGACGAUCACGCAGUAUUUGGCACCUGGACCGAAGGAUGAGAGCGGGCCACAUCGGUACCUCUUUCUUCUAUUUGAGGAGAAGGCAGGCGAGACUGUAGAGAAAUCGGAUGUUGGAGGAGAGGAGUUCGUUGAAAGGAGAAGUUUUAGAGCAGAGCAGUUGGCGGAGAAGAAGGGAUUGAAGUUGGUUGGAGUCCAAUGGAUGCGAGGAGUGGGCGAUGGGUGGAAGGAAGAAAAGGAUGAGCUAUAG